GGUUUACAUCCGGUUGUUGUUUUUUGUCGCUAAUGCUAUUACCUAUUUUCGUUCUGUUCGUACACCGUGAUUGGAGCACUCCUAUUAACACUAAAACUUGACGGAGUUGUCGAAGAUAUGGGGAAAAAGCGCAAGAAACAUAAACCGGAGUGGAUAACAGUUGGCGAUUUUGAGGAUAAAGCUCUUGAAAAGCCGCUGAAGAUCAAGCUGAAAGUUGGGGGGAGUGAAGUGACAGAACUUUCUGGUUCAGGCCACGACUUUGAUGACAGGUCAGACCAUGAGCGAGAACGACACAAAGAGAAGAAGAAAAAGAAGAAAAAAAAAUCUGAAAAGGAUAAAGACAAAUAUGUGGAUGAAGAGGAGCGAAGGCGACGGAAGGAGGAGAAAAGAAAGAGGAGAGAACGGGAGCAGAAGGAAUCGGAAACAGCAGCUGCUGCCUGUGGAGGUCCGCCUAUUGAACCCUUCACUCUGCCGAAAAGUAUUAGCGUUUCAUUAGAGCCAGAUGAGAAGAGAAAAAAGAAAGACAGGUUUGAAGGGGAGCUUGAAGUGGAGAAGUUUCACCCUGCUGUGAAGUCAGAAGUCGAACAACAAGGAGAUAGACCAGUUAGAUCAUGUCGAACACAACAAGGCAAAAGUGCCGAGAAUGAAUCAACUCCUCGUCAGCAACUGCUAGAGCACUUUUUGAGGCAGUUGCAGAGAAAAGACCCACAUGGGUUCUUUGCGUGUCCAGUAACAGAUGCGAUUGCACCUGGUUACUCAUCGAUCAUCAAGCAUCCUAUGGACUUCAGCACCAUAAAAGACAAAAUAAAAAACAAUGAAUACAACACAAUAACUGAAUUCAAGGCAGACUUUAAAUUGAUGUGUGAUAAUGCCAUGGUGUACAACCGACCAGAGACGGUGUACUACAAAGCAGCUAAGAAGCUACUUCAUACAGGGUUCAAGAUGAUGAGUAAGGAGCGGCUUUUGGCUCUGAAGCGCAGCAUGUCUUUCAUGCAGGACAUGGACUUCUCCCAGCAGGCAGCCAUCUUGGGAGACGAAGACCUGAUAGCUGAACUUCCUCCUCCAGAAACCAUUUUCAUUCCUGCUGAGUCAGUAAAAAAGUCUAAAAAGCAACCAGUCAAAGACAUGAAUUAUUUAUUUGAACCUGAGGGAAAUGCGUGCAGCUUAACCGACAGCACAGCAGAGGAACAUGUUCUGGCACUGGUUGAGCAUUCUGCAGAUGAAGCCCGCGAUCGCAUCAACAGAUACAUGCCAGACUCCAAGAUGGGAUAUUUGCGUAGAGACCUUGAUGGAGCUCUUUUAUAUACUGUUGUAAACCAGCUUGAUCCUGAUGCAGAAGAAGAGGAGACUCACAAAGUGGAUUUGAAUUCUCUAUCUCAUAAACUUAUGCCUGGAUUAACAACAUUAGGAUUUAAAGACGAUAGAAGACAUAAAGUAACCUUUCUUAGCAGUGCCUACAACAUCCAGAGUCUGCAGAAGAACUCCAUCUUUCCAGAUCUGCAGUCAGAUGAGAUAGAAGCACUGUAUUCAGCUUAUGGAGAUGAGACUGGGGUACAGUGUGCUCUAAGUAUACAGGACUUUGUGAAGGGUUGUGGAAGUGCAACAAAACUUUGGGUGGACGAACUUCUGGACAAGAUGACUGGUGGCGACCACUCAGGAGCUGUCAGUCAGAUUCAACAGAAACGAAACCUAAUGUUGAAACCUGAUGAAACCAACUCCAGCAUCUGUGACAUACAGAUGUCGGAUGGUUCUGGCCUCGGAGAGAGCAGUUCGGUCCUGGACUUCAUGUCAGUGAAGAGUUAUUCUGACAUGUCGCUGGAUAUUUCAAUGCUUACACCCUUAGAUAAAACCGUAAAAAAAGAGCCUGGGAAUGAGGAAGACCACCAGCAUUUUGAUGAUGCUGAAAAGCUCCUGCAUGAGUUCCAGGAAGCUCAGGUGGACAGAGUUUGCUCCAGACCGUCGUCCAAUCUGUCCUCCCUUUCUUCAGAGAGAGACCAGCACCACUUAGGUAGCCCAUCACACCUGGUUGUCGGAGAUCAUUCUGAAAUGGUUCAUGAUCCCUAUGAGUUCCUGCAGUCUCCAGACUCCGAGGGCACAGCUAACAGCUGACCACAAAGAUUAUCUGUCACCCUGGUGUUAACGGCAGUAAUCAAACAUUAUCGAUCUAGUAAAACAAGCAUUAUGAUUGCAGCAAGAUUGUUUUCAAGAUAAUUGUACAGACUGAAUUGUAUUUGCAUGGUUUGGUAACAGAUAAUCCCUCAAAGUAAGCCCAUUUUAAUAAAUUCAUGUCAAUCAA